AUGGCCAGGCGGGGGAAGUGGAAUGCUGACGCCCAUUUGGGACAACAGGAACCCCGAAUGCCCCAGUGGGGUAAAGCCUACCAGCUCCCCGCACCCCCGACCACCACCAGCCUAGUCUGCAGGAACCACGCUGCAUCCUUGGCCACUUACAGCCUGCGGCCUCCCACGAGCCGGGGACCAGACAGCUGGCUCCAGGCAGGAGAUAACCGCUGUGGUUCUCUUGUUCAGACUAGAGUGUGGGACCCGCGGCAGCUGAGAAAGGCAGUGGACAUGGAGGCCGGAGAAGAGGCUCCGGCCAUGGACACAGGCCUCGCAGAAAGGGAGUCAGCCCCUGCAGCUGAGGCCGCAGCACAGCCCGAGCUCCUGGCACAGCCCGAGGCCCCGAGCCCUUCUGGAGGAGGCUGCAGUGAGCUGGGGCCGGAGCGCACCCCACAGCUCCCCGGAGCAGCCUGCAGCCCUGGCCAGCAGGUCAGAUGGCCGCUGCAUGGGCCUGGCCUCUGGCUGUGGUUCACCCACUGUGCCUUUCUCAUGCCCGCCCACAUCGCCUGGGCUCUGGCGAAUGUAGGCCUCGGGGAGCCGCACUGCCCGCCCACAGCCACGCCUCUGAUGGUUCGACUCCACCAGCGGCCUGAGGAGGAGGCUGAGCAGGACAGGCCAGGCGGUGCCGUCCCAUCACCUGCCAUGGCCGCCCCCUGGAAGCACAGUGGCAGCCGGGGUGGGCGGACAGGGCUGCCAAAGGGCAGUGGCUCCUGGCGGAUGGACUCUGCCCGGAGCCCAGGCCUCGUAUCUGAUGGGGAGCGGGGCUCCCUGGCGGGCGAGGCCGAGAGCGAGCUGGGAAAGGUGGCCAACGCUGUACCUGGCACAGACACGGAGUCACCCCCUCCACCACCACCACCACAGCCAUCGCCCUCACCCCCAGGAGGCCCUGAGGAGAGUGGGGGACAGGAGCUGGACACGCAGCCAGAGGAGGACGUGGGGACGAGCAGUGCCUGGAGCGGGCCAGACGAGCUGGAGCUGGUUCUACAGGAGGACGGGCAGCGGUGCCUGCGGGCCCGGAGUGCCCUGGCUGAGGGCUUUGCCUGGGGCCCCUUCCAAGGCAGCAUCCAGAGUGGACCCUCAUCCCCCAGGCAGGAGCAUCUGAGCCCACCCUUGACCCUGCAGCUGGACGACGAGGCUUGCUGGCUGAAGAUGCUGCCUCAGGCCACCACUGAAGCCGAAGCCAACUUGCUCAUCUACAAGAAGGAUGACGCCCUCUGGUGCAGGACCACCAAGCCUGUGCCGCCAGGUGGGCUUCUACGAGGACGCCUUGAGCCCAAGCCCCACCGGGCCCCCAGCCCGCCCAGGAAGAGGGAGCCAGGAGAAGUGGAGGGCCAGGCACCCGCAAACUCGGACAUCCAGCUACUGCCCCAGCAGGCUGGCAUGGCGUCCAUCCUGGCCACAGCGGUCAUCAACAAGGACAUCUUCCCCUGCAAGGACUGCGGUAUCUGGUACCGAAGCGAGCGCAACCUGCAGGCCCACCUGCUGUACUACUGCGCCAGCCGUCAGGGCGCAGGCUCCCCUGCCCCCGAGGAGAAGGCCAAGGAGACCUACCCCAACGAGCGCGUCUGCCCCUUCCCGCAGUGCCGCAAGAGCUGCCCCAGCGCCAGCUCCCUGGAGAUCCACAUGCGUAGCCAUAGCGGAGAGCGUCCCUUUGUGUGUCUGAUCUGCCUGUCCGCCUUCACCACCAAAGCCAACUGCGAGCGCCACUUGAAGGUGCACACAGACACCUUGAGCGGUGUGUGUCACAGCUGCGGCUUCAUCUCCACCACAAGGGACAUCCUCUACAGCCACCUGGUGACCAGUCACAUGAUCUGCCAGCCCGGGUCGAAGGGUGAGCUGUACGCGCCAUCUGCGGGGUACCCGGCCGCCAAGCCCCCUGCGGACAGUCUGGUCGGCUUCCCUCAGCACACGGCCUUGCACGGCGCCUUGGCCUCCACAGACCUGGCGCCCAUCCCAUCACCGGGCCUGGAGAGGAAGGCCCCUGCCGAAACCACAAAUGGAGAGGCCUGGGCAGCCUCCCAAAACGGGAACGAGGCCCCUCCCGUCCACCGGAGCAUCAAGGUGGAAGCAGAAGAGGAGCCUGAGGCUGCGCAGUCAAGCCCUGCGCCGGGGGCACCCUCACGCACACCGUCCCCAAGCAGCCCCCCAGCAGUGCGAGUCAAGACAGAGCGCUCCAGCCCCUCACCUGCCUGCAGCCCUGCCCCCGGAGAGCUGGGCGUGCCGGCUGGGCCCCUCUUUCUGCCACAGUUUGUUUUUGGCCCAGACACAGUCCCACAGGCCUCGGAGAUCCUGGCCAAGAUGUCCGAGCUGGUGCACAGCCGGCUCAAGCAGGGCCAGGGCACACCGGGACUCUUCACCGGGGCACCAGCCCCCAAAGGUGCCACGUGCUUCGAGUGCGAGAUCACCUUCAACAACGUCAACAACUACUACGUGCACAAGCGCCUCUACUGCUCGGGCCGCCACCUAACGGAGGAUGCGCCCGCAGCGCGCAGGCCCAAAGGACCCCCAGCUGCGCCAGCACCUGGUCCCACGCCCCCCGAGGUUUUGCAGUCCCCACCGCCGCCAACACCUGAAGGCGAUGCUGGCCGCUCACCGCAGAGCCCCGAGGCACGGGAGGCCGAGGCAGGCGCAGCCGGGGCCAGGGCGCACGCAGCGACCCCAGAGGCCGAAGCAGCCAGCCGGGGCAGUGAGGGCAGCCAGAGCCCCGGCAGCUCGGUGGAUGACGCAGAGGACGACCCCAGCAGGACGCUGUGCGAGGCCUGCAAUAUCCGCUUUAGUCGCCACGAGACCUACACGGUGCACAAGCGCUACUACUGCGCUUCCCGCCACGAUCCACCACCACGCAGGCCAGGACCUGGCGCGCCCCCGCCCAUGCGCACGCGGAGACGCCGCAAACUCUACGAGCUGCACGCACCCGGCGCCCCAGCCCCAACAACACCCGGCCCUGCCCACCCUGUACCCGCCGAGCCCCCCACAUCGCCCCGCCCUGGCAGCGGGAGUGGCCGCGCUCCCUCGCCGGUAGCCGCUGCCGAGGGCCCCAUCGACUUGAGUAAGAAGCCGAGGCGCCAGGGCCCUGAGGGGCCGGCCGGGCCACCACCGUUGGCCGACUACCACGAGUGCACGGCGUGUCGUGUGAGCUUCCACAGCCUCGAGGCCUACCUGGCACACAAGAAGUUCUCGUGCCCCGCCGUGCAGCUCCGCGCUGCUGUCGUGUGCCCCUACUGCCCCCCUAACGGCCUGGUGCGUGGAGACCUGGUCCAGCACUUGCGGCGCGCACAUGGGCUGCUGCUUGGCAGGGCCCCGGUCGGCGGCCCCGGGGCGCCUGAGGCCCAGACACCACCCACCUCCCCAGCGCUGCACGGCUCCCGCGAGAGCCUCAAUGGUCAGGAGCCAGCAGCCAGCAGCCCUCAGCCAGGCCCGCCUACACCUCCAACCGCAGCCCCAGACCACAGCCUCUCCCCAGUGCCUGACCCCCUGCUGCUGCCUCCGCUGACGCCCCCUGCACACUCGGACAAGGGUGUGCAGACACCCAGCAAAGGGCCUCCUGCGCCAGUGGUGUCCAGCGGCAACCACAGGUACUGCCGCCUGUGCAACAUCAAGUUCAGCAGCUUGUCCACCUUCAUCGCCCACAAGAAGUAUUACUGUUCCUCGCAUGCAGCGGAGCACGUGAAGUGA